AUGCCUCCACAGCAAGGAGAAGUGUCCUUGUUGACGCUCUUUGCAGACAUACAUUACUACCUUUCCCCACCAACUCAGAGUCCCCCGCAUCACCGCUUCGACAAGGGCUCGUAUGUCUACCUCUACCACAAUCCUAUGCGCCAGAGUGGGCGUAUCGAGGUAGCGAACAAUGCUGGCACACCUAUUCAAGAUGCCUUUGCCGGCCAACUGGACACCGUCAAGAUUGAGCAGACAUACAAGCAUCCAUGUUUGUUCACCCUCACGGUCGAUGCCUUUCGAAGCCCGAAUGGGACUCCAGCUUCCAGCCCUCACCAAGAUGUGUCGCAUUGGCAUCUCCCAGCCCAUGAUCCAACAAAUCAGGGGAAAUACAUGUAUAGGCUACACACCGUGGAUCUGUACUUCUGGACGCCAGAUGAUGCCAACCUGUUUCUAGACUCUUUACGGAGGGUACUGCAACCGCAUCAAUUGCAGAUUGUGCACAAUCCCAAUGCUACGCCCAUACAUUCCGAGCACAAGAACGAUGCCCUCAGCCCAGUUAUUGCAAGACUGGAGAGCGCAGCUAUAUCACACUCGAGCCGAAGUCCAAGUAUCAGCACCCCACUGUCAUUUCCUGGUCCGCCAACUGCUCCAGCACCAGCGUCUAGCCCUCCUAAUGAGCAACCGCCCAACUACGCUCCGAUGGCGUACAAUCCAGCUGCCCCUGCGGCACCUGAGCCUAUCUCCCACCGUGAGAAGACACCGCCACCACCCGACGCUGCUAAUGGCACUGGGCUCGGGACUGCUGCUUAUCAAGACCAACAUGCCUCGCAAUAUAGCAACCCAUUGCAAGCCUCCUUUGCUCCCCAGCCAACUUCAGGUCCGUAUGUACCCGGCCCUCCCGCACCAGGACAGGGCUUUAGUGGUCCACCAAGUGUGCAGCGAACGAAUACAUCGGGCUCGACUCCAGGUGCACUGCAGAGUCCUCCUUCAUUCGCGCCUCCUCCGUCUGCCCCUCCAGCUAGUCAAUACAGUGGACAGACUCCGCCGCCGCCAGGCCUUCAGAGAAUGUCGACUGCGCCUGCACAGCAGUAUGCCAACUACCCUGCCUCGCCGGGGUUUCCCCCAGCCCCACAGUCGCCUCCUGCACACACAUCCUUACCUUCGCCUGGCUUCCCUCCCCAACAGCAGUAUCAACCACUUGCCUCUCCGCCUAUAGGAGGCUACAGCCAAUACUCGUACAGCAGCACGUCUGGACAAGUUCCCGGAACGAAUCCGCAAAGUAUGCAUCAACAGCUGUAUAAACCGAGUGAGCAAGAAGCAAGUGUGGUGAAUAACGCCAAUCCAGCGGCACAGCGCAAUUCGAACAUGGGGAAACGCGUAGAUAAAGUGGAAAAGGGCGUUGGGAGAUUUCUGAAGAAACUAGACAAGAAAUUUUGA